CCACCGCUGCUUCUCGCCUAAAUCGAUGACGGAGCCAACACUACCACCUCCCGCAUUGCUAUCCCAGCACGCAAAACGCAGUCGUAUCAGCACUCAAUAUUUCCAUUCAUUACCUAGGUACUUCGCUGGCAAGUGCGUUUCUUCGGCCAGCAGCCUUAAGAGGAAGCAACGACUGCUCUGCGCCAAGAGACCGGUACCAAGAAUGGAUGGGCCCGUAUCCGACAAGAAAGAACAGUGAAUCCUCUACCAAGCACAGCGCGAAGCGAACACGACGGCCCUCUUCCCUAAUCAGAACCAUCCUCCACCCAUUUAUCUCCAAAUUUCAUGCAAACCACCCGUUUCCACGCUCCCAACCGUACUCGGCAAAAGCUGUGUGUCGCCGAGUCUCCUCCGAUGCUUGCGCCGCCGAAGCAAGCCCACAUAACCUUCAAAGUCUGCCUCGAGUUUCGAAAAAACAGCAUCCGCAGCGCAUUGUGAACUCUGCCAUCCAAACCACCAGUCAAAAGAAAAAUAUCUCGCCAUGUACAAGCCUCUCUCUCCAAACCUAUCCAGCACGUCCCAUACAGAUACGAGGCUCCCCCUCCCCCCAGCCCAGCUCAGCCCUACAUACGCCGCACCAGUCAGCCUUACCCAGCUUCUCGAAUCCUUCCAUCCAUCCACAAUCCUUCCAAACAAGAAUAAUCCUCCUCCAGCUCCCCCUCCCUCAAAAUAACUCCUCACCCCACCCCACUCCCUCUACGCAAAUAUAUAUAUAUAUAUAACCCCUUCUCCCUCCCUUCUCUCCCAAACAGUCAGACACGCCCGCCUCCCCUUCUGCUCGCCGCCCCCGGACGCGUCAAUCGCUCCCGAACAGGAAACUCCGCCUGCUAGUCAUCCGCCUUGGCCCGCCCCGCCCGCUUCCGGAGACGUAGCCGAGCUGAGCUGAAGGCGUUGGCGUGUGCGUGUGGGUAUGCUGAGAUGGGCGGGUUGGGGAGUAAAUUGGGGCAUGAUGGUCGGUUGGCGGGCGUGGGAAGGGGGGAGGCGAAUAGGUAGGUAGG